AUGGACAAAAAGGAGCUCGACGCCCUAUUAGAUGCUCUGUUUCCCGAGACUAUGGCAGACGAUACCUCAGUGACUGUCAUGCCUUCGCGACUAUCUUACGACUCUAAGGCAGGCCUUGGGUAUGCCGUCAAGCAGACGGAGGGAGACAAAAAGAUCAUGGAGACAUUUAGGCGCCUUGACGGCUCUGAGAGAAGAAGUGCUGCCUCAGGCAAUUCAGAGCCUCAUAGGCUUCUUGGGCAUUCUGGGAUAGCCUACACUAAGGCAAGUAACUCCCUACCCUCUGUAUCUAGGGAGCCAGAGUCACGAUCAAAGCUCACUAUUAAGCCCCGCACAGAAUCAUUCUUUGAUAAGAUCCUUAAAAAGGUCAAAAGGUAG